AUGCUAUCCACUGGCUGGAGUAAGCUCUCAGGAGCCUUCAGUGCAGUUCACGUGCUUCCCAAAAGAGAGAAGAUGCCAGAACGAGUCCAGUUUUCAACCAAAUGGUUUCUCAGCUGUUUAGCUGUGUUUGUGGUCUUCAAUUUCAUCAGCAUCUUCCAGCAAACGACAUUCAUGUGCCAGCUUCCCGCAGUGAAUCUUGUGCGAGUGCUUAACAAUGGAGACAAGUUCAUUGACUCUGGAAAGCUAUACUUUAAAGACAACUACGACGAGGUCAGAAAGGAGAAUAUUGAGCUGUACAACUCGUUAAGCAAAAUAUUCGAAAUGCAAAAGAACUCUUAUCUCAAAAGCUAUGAUGAGUACGCACUGAUACUGAACCCACUUUUCAUCCUGGAUGAAGCUGAGGUCAGGAUUAAAUUCCAUCCGAUGAAGUACUACUUCAAGAAUAAAAGCUUUGAGUUCAAAAACAGCACCAUUCCAAUUCUAGAGUUCAAACGUGUGUUUGGCCGUAAGCUGACGCCUCUUAGGGCCUUGCGCCGCCCUGCUAUGCCAUUUUCUUUUCGUCUACAUGAACACCACCAGGACACUAAUGAGUUCCUCCACAAAAUCGUCUAUCCCAUUUAUGAGUCAAGCGGCUAUGACAGGACCGAUUAUAGCUUGGACUCACUUUUAGACUACUCGUUUGUCCUCAAAUACAUCAAUUUUGGGGUGUUUCUUAUCUCACUUAUAUUCUUCGUCGAAGCGCUCUCUGUUGUGGUGCCAUAUUCACUCAAGUAUCAUCGAGUCUUCUCCAUCCCCAGGGUGAAUCAAGCCCUAUUCGUGUUGGCAAUCAUUUGUUUUGUCAGCUGCUUUAUGUUGAUGUCUGUGAAUAUUGUCCUUAACCUGAUUCUUGUCGGCAAAGAAUCCAACGAUCUCGGUGUCGUGAGCACGCUUAUGGGAUUUAUCCAGCUAUUUUGGCUUGUCUUUCUUGCGUUCCAAACCAAAAACUGGAUUUGGAAAGUGUACCUCGAGAACAAGUAUCCAUCAUCCGACAACUCCAGAGAAUUGGAGACUCAAGGCGGGCGUCGGCAUAGUCUUGGUGGAUUUGGAAUUAGACCAUUGAGCUUUGGAAGUAUCAAGAGACGUUUCACCUUGACUUUGAGCGCCACGGAAAGUCAAAAAGACUCUAGCGCUGAGGGAUCGGAUAAACAGGACUUGGACAAGCUUUUGAGCCCCCACCUUUAUACUGAGGAUUUGCACCGCGAGUCUAGUGCAAAUAAUCUGGGCUCCGAGUUCAAGGCGAUACCGGGACGCUCAAUCCGCUCUAUACGUUCUGCGCGCUCAAUUCGCUCUCUGGGAGUUGCUACAAUCAAUGAUCGAGAUCCAUUCACAACAGCUUUGCAACACCAACCAGGAAGCGCUAAGCAGGAUGAUAACAGAAGUCUGAAAUCCUCACGUAGCCGCCUUGCCAUGCUUUACAAUAACGGUACCGAGGAGGCAGGAGAACCGGAUAAACCUGGGAACGUCACAGACACGGAAAUUGUUAGGGUUCCAUCUAAACCGCAGGGGGUUUUUGUUGAAGACAUAGUCACUGACUCUAAGGCUGUUGAGUCUGAACAGGAAAAUGGAAACGACUCAGGUACUGAUAGCGAAGAGUCUUACGAUGCAGACUCUAGUCGUUCAAGUCAAAAAGAUGAAGAACGGACCACUUCCAAACACUCGGUCCCCAGUCUCAAAAAAGAGACUGCCGUUCAAUCUGUGUUACCACAAUCAAAAGACGUCGAUGAGUUGUUAGUCGAGAAUCGCGAUGCCGAGCAUUCAACAACGAGAAUCUCCACAGCAGCAUCUGAAAGUUUUGAACACACUCAGGAAAAGGAGGAUAAUGGCAGAGACAAUAGUGGUUAG